CCCUCUCUCUCUCUUCCUUCCUCAGCCUGAGUGGUUUGUCUGUCUUCCUCUCACAUACGUCCCUCUCUCCCCUCUCACUUGCAUUUUGUCCCCUCUCCCCUCUCCCCUCUCAGUCUCUAUUUGUCUCUCAAAUCUUCUUCUGAAAGAUAUGUCUAGUAAACCCUUCCCAAUCUUUCUAUUAUAGUUACAAACUAUCCCUCCACUUUUUUUUUUGCCUGAUGAGUGUGUCUGACCUAUUUCCUCUAAUGUUGUUCUUUCACAGAAGUGGCUCUCUCAUUUUGUUAUACAGAAAUGACCCAUUUUGUUUUGAUCGAACGGUUAAAAAUCAAGGUUGUAACGAUAAUAGAAACCAUCUCAAUCGUGUUUCUAUUUUCGUUUUACAACAUCUCUUCUCACUUUUUAAUUGUGUUUCUAGUUUCGUUUACAACAUCUCUAGUAGCUUUUUUUUUUCCUGAACAAUUUGUCUGGAAAAUAUCCAUGAUGUCCUUGUUAUACAGAAGUAUGAUUUUAUUAUCACGACGUUGUUAUAAAGGCAGUAGAAAGGUUUUCUCCAUCUCUGCAUUCAAAAUUGGUGUGAAUAGUGGAGUUUUUCAUUAUGUCUCAGCGAGAGCUUAUUGCUUCCUCACUCAGGCUAGCUAAAUCUGUGUUAUCCUCUCACAAAGAGAAAUUUCUGGGUUUGAAGAAGCGGGAAGGUGACCUUGUGAAGGAAGCGGAGGCCAUAAUGGCACACUUGGCCCAUUUCACAAAUCUUUUUGCUUACAGCGGUUUCUUUACUUUCAUCCCUCUGAAAGCCACUUUGUCCUGUUUUUCACUAUUAUCAGCUGUGCUGCUUUCAUUGCUAUUGUUGUCUUCCAUGGUCUGGCCGAUUAUGUUGGCCCGUCGCCGAUUCAAGGGCAUAUUUCUGGACUUCAAUGAAAUAGCUGAAGAAAGAGAGAAUUUGCUUGCAACUGUUGAGGAAUAUGCGAAGAUGUAUAACGAUGUUAUGAAUGCAUGUUCUUAUUCAGAUAGCAUUCUUACAGAUGAGGUGAAGCAGUAUUUUGAUGAGGUUGAUGAUCUGAUCCUGAAGCUGAAAGAAAAGGCUACAUCCCCAACCUAUGCUACUUUCUACACUGGGUGCCUCCGUUCUCUGUCAUUCUCGGUCAUAGUAUAUGCUGUAGGAGUGUUUUGGUUGGCUGAUUGGAAGUGUGGUAAACUCCUACCUAUUUAAGUCUCGUCAAAUUUGUUUAUUUAUUACCUGGUAGAUCUUUAUUCGUGUUUUUUCUUUCCCUUUCAGAGGCGCUUCACGUUUGAGUCUGAGUGGUGGAGGAUGGAUGGUAUGGCAGUCGAUGGGAUUUGAUG